AUGCCCGGGCGCCGUUCCAAGUCUGAUGCGCAGGACGUCCCCAUUGCAGGCGGAGCAGAUCGAGGUUCCAAAGCAAAGCGAAGAAAGUCACGCACGGAUGGCCCGCAGGAUCCGCGGCAAAGACAGGCGGCCGAGCUACAGACGCAAGUGGCCCCGUCUCCUGAUCGAUUUGUGGGCAGGGCCUCAUCGGAUGAAGAGUCGCUUCCAUCAGCACCUUCCCAAGGCCAUCAGUCUGAAAGGCUGCGGACAGGGCAGGUCGAUUCCAAACCCAGGCGAGUUUUGGUCGCGCGCCAAGACCCACCUCGCGCAGUCCUCCGACCACAACGAGAAGACAGGGCGCGCCUCAAGCCUGCAAAUGCGUUGGUGUUGAAGAGCAAUGCGCAGGUCACAGAAAAAGCAAGCGACAAGGACCGAGAAAAGCGGAGGACGAAGGAGAUGCCGUUGGCCGCAGCCGCAGGCGGCAAAACCGGUGGGCCCAAGUCGAGCUUGCCGAAGGGCCAAAAAAGUCUUGGGCCAGUGAAUGCGGUCAAGGAGAAGAAGCAAGCGAAGCAGCAAAGAUCUGAAGGAGACCAACUUCAGAGCAAGAAGCUGGUCACGAGGUCCAGCCAAAGACAGAGACGGGAGGAGUCUCAAGAGGUGAAGCCGAAGUCGAACAAGCAAAAGAAGGAGAAAAAGAAGGACAACAAGGUCCGCAAGGAGAAGUCCCGGUCCCCCACCCAGACCCAGGAGAGGCGAAAGUCACUGAGGAAGGACAAAAAGCGGAAGCAGCCUGGCACGGAGAAGCGUGCCUCCGCUCGGAGCCCGAGCUUGCCAAAGGCAACACCGGAGUUCCAGGCUUCCGAGAGAGGUGCACGUGGGGUCCCACGCCUGCGCGAUCCUGCAGGUUCAAGCCACAGGCGAUCGAAGCAGGCGACUGCGGAGGAUGUCAGAGCGGAUGGCCGCAGGCGAGAACACCGCUCAGCCCGCUCACCGUCUCGAAAAAGAAGGUGCGAUGCGGCCGUGCCCGAAGCGUGGCAGGUGUGGCGAGCAGGGUCCUACCAUCCAUGGAGUGCCCAGCUGGCUGGUGCCCCGUUGGGGGCGGUUUGGUCUGUUCCAGGCAUGAUGGCCCCCCAGGCAUGGGCCCUUGCAAGCGGCAUCCCGCAUGCAGGGCACGCGCAGGCGGAAGGAGCUUUGCCCAUCUCUGAUUCGUCUGAGGAGGCGGAAGACGAGGAGGAGGAGGAGGAGGAAGAGGAGGAAGAGCAGGAGGGAGAAGAUGAGAGCGAGCCAGAAGAUGCAGCGCAGGUGCUUGCGGCAGUCGUCCCAGGAGCUGCCCUUGCGGCACCUCUCGCUGUGCAGGGCACUUCUGCCGCUGCCGCGGGAGCUGCGGGAGCUGCCCAGGAAGGUUCGGAGUCGUCAGAAUCAGAGAACGAGGAGAGUGAGACAGAAAGUCAAGACGAGGAUGCAGAAAUCGGGGAGGCUCCCAUCGCUCCAAAAAGUAAAGAGGGCGAUGGUGGCGAUGGCGCCGAGGCCGAGAGGCCUCCGGUCGCGAGCUCCGCGGAGCCCAAGGUGCUUCAGUGGGUGCCGCCAUUUCGCAAAGCUCGGCAGCCCUUGCACCGCUCAGCGGAGAGGUGGCCGGGACCGAAAGUGGGCUGGUCUGAGCUCUACGAGCUGGAGGUAGACUUGAAUCUUGUCAAAGGCAAUAUCGAAUUAUCCUCGAAGCGGCAUAUCAGCCGCUCGGAGGGCCUCGGCAAAGGGCUCACCGACAUGGAUGCCAGUGACAUCGAGGAGUUUGCUGAGGCGAAUCCUUCAGAGGCGGAAGCCACAGCAGAAGGAACGGCCAGGACCGUUCCCUUGAUCCCUCACUGGAGCAAAACGCGUUCCUGGACCAGCAUCCAGGAGGUCCUUCUCGAGGAAGCGGAAGGUUCUUGGCAACAGCGUCGCCUUUGCAGCGUGGUGCUUCGAAGCAGGCGGAAGGGCCGCAGCUCUGGCGGAAGCCCGGCCGUCGGUGUGGCGAAUCCACAAGAGCCACCGGAGAACCUCCCGGACGCCUGCGGAAGCACUCUACUUCUCACCAUCGGGGCGGCAGCGAGAGCCGUGCGGCUCAUGCAGUGGCGAAGCCCGCCGUUGCUGGACGUACCGGAAGCUUUAAAGGUGGACCCCAGCAAGUACCGGGGAAACGAACGAAAUCUUCGCAUGCGGAAACGCCCGGCGGCCAAAGCGAAGAAAGCAGCCGCGUACAAGAGCAUCCCACAAGGACCGCCUCCGAAGGCACCUUCUGAGGAGUACAAAUCACAGCUGAGAAGCUUGAUGCAAAAAGUGCAGGGAGGCUCUUCAGAGCGGGAUGCCGUACGAGAUUUUUGGUCGGACCUAUCUCCAGCAGACCGGGUACAGUUCAGCACGGAGUUCCCCCAAUUCAUGCAUCUGGUAGUUGGGCUUCCGAGCGCCAUCGACACCGACGUGACCAAAGCUAAAUCGGACGGCUUACCUGGCCUGGCGCCGCCUCCGCCGAAGACGCCCGCCGAGCUGACGGGGAUGGCCACCACGGCCUCAUCCAAGAGCCUUCCAGUUCCCUUCGCCAGCGCGACGGGGCCUGGGCUGGGCACUGCCUUUGUGGCUCCUGUGCCGAUUUGGCCGAAGGGUAAGGCACCAGGCCUCUCCGCCGAAGUCUUCAAGAAACAAGAGGCUGCGUGGGCAGACCGCCUCACAUUCCACGAUGGCAUCCUGCGCGUGGACAUGAGGUCGUUGCAGCUGAUGGAUGUGGGCAUGGUUCGCUGGUGCCGCUGGGCCCCUGCCUUGCUGCAGACCCUUGGCCGUGCUGGCGGCACGGUUUCAGAGGCGGAGUUUGACUUUUCAGGCAAUGCUCUCGAGGAUGGAGGUCUAAGGGAGCUCCUGGCCUUGCUCCAGAACUGCGAUGUCCACCUGCGAACCCUGAACCUCAACGCGAAUCGCCUCACCGAGGCGUCCCUUGUCGCCAUCUCUGAUCUCAUCUCAAAGUCGCGCUUGCCGAUCUCGGCGGUGCUGAUGGAGAACAACAGGGUCCAGGGCUCGUACGGCUUGAUGAACCUGGUACGGGCUCUGAAGAGCAAUGCCCAGUACCCCAUUUUGAGGGAGGACACCGGGCGCUACACUCCGCUGAUGCUUCAUUUAGCUGGCAACAUGAUCGAGCGUCCAAUGCAAGUUACGCAGCUUGUGAAAGAAGCCUUUGACAAUCGAUUCCCUUCCACAUCCGAGGAGAGGCAGUACUGGGAGGUGAAGCAGCAAUGCCCCCCUUUGCAGUUGCCCAUGUUUGAGAAACAAGAGACCUCGGCUUGGCAGUGA